AUGAUAAUUGUGUCUAUUGAAGUGAGUUCACGCGCGGACGCAUUCGGAACUGGGGUGGUGAUUGAACUCGGGAAUUGACCCCCGCGUUCUGCUUACUCGUACAGACCCGCGCAGCGAAAGUUGAACUUGUUGGUGGGCGACUUCGUCAAAACCGACUUGCCCUACUUUGACGUCUGCAUCUCCAACACACCUUACCAAGUAAGCCGACACCCAGGUCUCAUACCUCUUCGACGACUGAGAACUCAUUUCUCCUCUAACUCGCCCCAGGUCUCUUCUCCCAUCGUCUUCAAGCUGCUCUCUCAACGCCCUUUAUUCCGAGUCGCCAUCCUUAUGUUCCAACAUGAAUUCGCCAUGCGUCUCGUCGCUCGACCAGGGUCAACACUCUGGAACCGUUUGUCCGUCAACGUGCAACUGUACGCCAAAGUGGACCACAUCAUGAAAGUCUCGAGGAACAAUUUCCGUCCCCCACCUUUGGUCGAGAGUUCGGUUGUCAGGAUCGCACCGUUGGAUCCUCCGCCUCCGGUGAGAUUCGAGGAGUUUGAUGGGUUGACAACGAUAUGCUUUGGAAGGAGGAACAAGAUCAUCAGGAGCAACUUUACGGCCAAGGGCGUCGAAGAGAUGCUCGAGAGCAACUACAAGGCUUGGUGUGCCGAGAACGAACAGGUGAGUGCUGGGCUCUCUUGGGGAAGUUCUCCAAGGGAAAGGUGCGAUGACCAAGCCUCAUUUCCGUUUGAACAAUCAGAUGAUCGAAGACGACUUCAACAUCUCGCCAUUGCUCGCCAAAGUCCUCAAGGAGAGUGGCUUCGCCGAGAAACGGGCGGCCAAGAUGGACGUGGAUGAUUUCCUCAAGUAAGUCCAUCGUCGUCCCACAAUUUCCGAGGAAGGCCAUGAAGCUGACGUGUCGUUGGUUCACUCUUCGCCUAGGCUGCUGACCAUCUUCCACAAGUAUCAUCCUCACUUUGCGUGA